AUGGCCACCAUCGAGAAAUACCAGAGUCUCGUGGGAAGUUUACUCUACGUCGCCGUAUGCACACGGCCCGAUCUGGCAAUCACGGCGUCCAUCCUCGGGCGUAAGGUCUGCAAACCAACGGAACGUGACUGGACAGAAGCAAAGAGAGCCUUGCGGUAUUUGAAGGGUACUGCUGGACUGAAGCUGCGAAUGGGAAGAAAAAAUCAUCUCGAAGGUUACGCUGACUGGGCGGGCGAUCGUGCAGACAGGAAGUCGAAUUCCGGAUUUCUGUUCAAGCUUGGCGGUGGAACGAUCAGUUGGACAGCACGAAAGCAGGAGUGUGUGACAUCAUGA